GCCGGUAUCAAUCAGUUAAAAUUAUUGACGCUAGAGCUCAAUUCUCUAUUUUUGGAAUAUUCUUCUUUCAGGUUUAUUACAAUUUUUUGUGUGAUAUUUGCAAAACAUCUGUCGAAUCUUGGUUUUAUCAAACUGAAAUUUAUCAAUUUUCAUGAGGUUUAUGAGAUGAUAUAAUAACAUUUUUAUUAAUAAAAAAAUAUGGCAAGCGAAUUAGCUGGGAAUAUCCUCUCCUAUCUUGAAAAAUAUAGUGAUGUGAAUUCACUAGAUUUAGUUAAUAUCUUCAAUGAAGAUCAUCAGAAAAUAAUUGGAGCUAUUAAAAGUCUUCAGACUCUUGAUAACGUGAUUGAAGUUGAGCAAAUAAGUCACAAAAAGUGGGAACCAACAACGGAAGGUCAACAUGUUAUUGAAAAUGGGAGUCAUGAAGCUGCGGUAUUUUAUGCUGUUCCAGAACAAGGAAUUUUACAAUCAGAAAUUAUGAAUUCUGUUCCAUAUGCUAAAGUUGGUUUUUCUAAAGCAUUAGUCGCUGGAUGGAUUAAACUCGAUAAAAGUACUGGCAAACCUAUGGUAACUAAGAAUGUAUCAUCAAUAGAAGAUAGUACUCAACAAAAUUUAAAAAAUAUUGGCAAUCUUAGUGAUAGUAUUAAAGUUGAGUAUAAAAAGAGAAAGUUGCUUCAGGAAAUAAUUAUAAAAAGUAUGGUAGUAAAAAAAGGAUCAAAUUUUUCAACCAACAUUGAAAAAUUAGAGGCUGACUUAACAUCUGAUCUUCUGGUAAAUGAUGCAUGGAAAGAGAAAAAAUUCAAACCUUAUAAUUUCGAUGCAAUGGGAUCGGCAUUGGAUAUUGGACAUCUACAUCCUUUGCUCAAAGUUCGGACUGAGUUUAGAAAGAUUUUCCUUGAAAUGGGAUUCACUGAGAUGUCCACAAAUAAUUUCGUUGAAAGCUCAUUUUGGAAUUUUGAUGCUUUAUUCCAGCCUCAGCAACAUCCAGCUCGAGAUGCUCAUGACACCUUCUUUAUUUCUGAGCCAAAGUAUUCAACAAAAUUUCCAAAAGAUUAUUUAGAAAAAGUCAAACAAGUUCACAGCAAAGGAGGAUAUGGAUCCAAAGGUUAUCUUUACGAUUGGAAGAUAGAGGAAGCGCAAAAGAAUCUUUUGCGGACACAUACAACAGCUGUGAGCGCUCGUAUGUUGUAUAAACUGAUGCAAGAGGGCAAAUUUAGGCCAGUAAAGUACUUUAGCAUUGAUCGAGUCUUUCGAAAUGAAACUCUAGAUGCUACUCACCUUGCGGAAUUCCAUCAAGUUGAAGGUUUUAUAGCGGAUUAUAAUCUUACGUUAGGAGAUUUGAUAGGCACCCUAUAUGAGUUCUUCAAAAAGCUUGGAAUUGAAAAAUUGAAAUUCAAACCAGCAUAUAAUCCCUAUACAGAACCAAGUAUGGAAGUAUUUUGUUUUCACGAAGGUCUAGGAAAGUGGAUUGAGAUAGGUAAUAGUGGAGUAUUUAGACCGGAAAUGUUAUUACCGAUGGGAUUACCGGAGAAUGUAAAUGUUAUAGCUUGGGGAUUAUCUUUAGAAAGGCCAACAAUGAUUAAAUACAAACUAGAUAAUAUUAGAGAUUUAGUAGGACCAAGAGUGGAUUUGCAAAUGGUUUACAACAAUCCCAUUUGUCGCUUAGAAAAAAUACAUAAAAAAUCUUCUUUCAAAGAUAACUUGGGAGCUGAUUGCUUGAAUGCAUCAAAGCCAACGGCAAAUCAAAAAAAACUUGAGCCACAAAGCUUUGUUAUUUUUUGUGAUCCUAAACAUCCAAUAAUAUGGCUUGAAUCACUUCUUUUAUUAGCCGAAAAUUGUUUUACAAUAUCAGUAUCAGUUCAUGUGCACUCAACAGUUUUAAAUAUUACAGAAGAUCUAAAAAAUUUCUGUGGCAAAUUUCGCACUCCAAAAAAGACUGAUGUAUCAAUAGUUUUUAUUUGGAAAACUUUAGGUGUUGAUUCAGUAAUGAAAUUUGAAGCAUCACGGGAAAUCUGUGGCGUAAUUAAUAUUGCACGCUAUUUGAAUCGUUUAAUUGAGUCAAUUAAUCCUUCAUUGUUGAAAUAUGAAACUAAUGGAGCAAAAUAUGCUUGUAAAAUCGAUGUAGCGUUAGAAAAGAUUCAUACUUCUCUUCACAAAGAAAAUAAAUAUCAAAUAAAUGAUUUACGAAGUAAAUCAAAAACACGCUACGUCUUUGAAGAACUUUCCAUUAUAGACAUAAUGCUUGAAGCUCAACGAUAAUAAUCUAAUAAAAUAAUAAUAAGUCAAUCAUUUUGAUAAGACAGUACUCUAUUUUUUUUAGUGUUCGCAAUCUUGAAGAUUAUUUCAAAAAUAUUGCGAUUAAUGAAAUAUUAAUUCUUACAAUAAAAUUUUCCAUUUGUAUUUAAUCUAAUAAUGCAUAACAAAUGUAAAAAUAUUUUUAAACAACAAUGUGAUCAAGUAGUUGAACGGAUUGUUCAAAUAAAGAUAUUUUUAAUCUUCA